AUGCCCAUCCACUUUCGUCAAGCUUUGCUGACAUUCCUCGUGCUCGCAUUCACUGUUUUGCUUUCAAGUGCUGAUCUGGGUUCUCAGGUAACUUCUAAAGUAAAACACAUGGUACUGAAUGAUGCCGAUUUUUUUAAAUUUGAAAAGAGCGCCAACUCACUACUGAGGCAGUACUCUUCUAACUUGCCUCCUCCUGGACUGCCGAUUCCGUCGCUGAAAGAAAGCCUGAUAAAGAAGCUAAUGGCACAUUAUCGUCGCUACGAAAGACCCACUGAGGGCCAAGGCGAGCCGACAGAGGUCCGCGUUUCGAUCAAGAUUUUGGCUAUCACCAGCGUCGACGUUAUCAACAUGCAGUACACUGCCGAUAUGGUCCUGGUUCAGCGCUGGAAUGAUCCUCGCUUGCGUUGGGAGCACUUGCCUGAAUUUUCUGCCAUUUCUGAAAAUAUUCUUUUUACGCAAAGACGGAACGAAAUUUGGUUACCCGAUCUCUUCUUCCGGAAUGGUAAAGAGGGAUUUCUUUAUCGAAUGACUGUCCCAAAUCACAUGAUACGAGUGAGUCCUAACGGCGACAUCUACUACAGUCAGAAGAUCACGAUGAAACUGGCAUGUGAAAUGCACCUGCGAAAUUUCCCUAUGGAUCAGCAAGACUGCGAUAUGGAUAUUGGCAGCUACGGAUAUACUAUAGAUCAGCUCAAAUUCAUUUGGGAUGGAGAUAAUGCUCUCAAGUUCGCUGAUGACAUGCAAAUUUCCGAAUUUAACACACCUUCUGAAACUUUUACAGAGGUACGUUUUUAG